AUGUGUUGCAGACCUCAUUGGUUUUGGCGCCUCUAUUGCACAAUCUACGCCCUAAUAUUCUUACUCAUAAUCAUCUCAAUCAUUUUCUGGAUAAUAAUCUCUCCCUCAAGCGUGAAAUUCCACAUAACCGAUGCUACUCUUACCGAGUUCAACCUCACAAACAACAACUUAUACUACAAUUUCAAAGUCAACAUCACAGCAAGAAACCCUAACAACAAUAUCAUAGUUUAUUAUCGAAGAAUCACUGCAGUUGCUUGGUACAAAGAUAAUGAAUUCAGUUAUGUGAGUUUGGCACCCUUUGAUCAAGGACACAAGAAUACAACAUAUCUUGGACCUAUAGAGUUCAAAGGGAACCGUGUGAUCAAGCUUGGACGUAAACAACUCGAUGAGUAUAGCGAAGAGACGCGUCUUGGGAAUUAUAAUGAUUUGGCUGUUGAUUUGGAUGUUCGAAUUAGAGCUAAGUUUGGAAGCUUCUUUAAGAGUGGACGGUUUAAUCCACCAGUUGUGCAGUGUCGUCGUUUGAGCAUUCCUUUGGUUUCUUCUUCCAAGGGUAACACAUCAUCACCAUCAAGGUUUUCUUUUAGAGUCAGAAGAUGUAGGACUGGUUCUUUCUUUACAGAUCGUGAUGCAGAGGUGGGAGGAGGAGGAGGAGUAGGAACAGGAGCAGGAAUAUGA